UAGCUAAAGACUGACAUCUGCUACGCUGAAAGGGAGAAGUCCAGCAAGACCCUCCUGUCAGAAGGGGAGCUGCAGUCCAGGCACGAAGAUAGGCAGGAAGCUGCAAGGAGACACAGGAGCAGAGAGGACACAGGGAGGCCCCCUCCCGAAGCCCCUGCCUGGCUCACCCAGAGGGGGGCCAUGAGCUCCCAGCAGGAGGCCAGGAGAGAUGAGGGAGACACCAGGAGGAAGGGACAGGAAGCAGAGCUGCAGGACCGAGCCCACCUGGGCCAGCAACGACGGCUCAAACAGGCCACUCAAUUCCUCCACAAGGACUCUGCUGACCUGCUCCCCCUGGACAGCCUCAAGAGGCUCGGCACCUCCAAGGAUUUGCAGCCGCACAGCGUGAUCCAAAGACGUCUGAUGGAGGGGAAUCAGAGUCGGCUUCAGGGGGAGUCUCCCUUAGUGCAGGCCCUGGUUUGUGGCCAGGACAGCAAGAGGAAGACCAGUGGGACAGAGAUUCCAGCUCUUCUGGUCAACUGCAAGUGCCAGGACCAGCUGCUUAGAGUGGCUGUGAACACAGGAACCCAACACAAUCAGAUCUCCACUGGAUGUCUCAGCCGCCUAGGGUUAGGGAAGAGGGUUCUAAAAGCCCCAGGUGGGGACCUGGCACCUGGGCCAACCCAGGUGGAGCAGCUGGAGCUCCAGCUAGGGCAGGAGAAGGUGGCAUGCUCAGCCCAGGUGGUGGAUGUUGACAGUCCUGAAUUCUGCCUGGGCCUGCAGACUCUGCUCUCCCUCAAGUGCUGCAUUGACCUGGAACGUGGAGUGCUGCGACUGAAAGCCCCCUUCUCAGAGCUGCCCUUCCUGCCUCUGUACCAAGAGCCUGGCCAGUGACCUCUGUCCCAGGUGGUCCCAGAGGGAAAUACCUUGCCUUAGAGGAAGAGCCAUGUAUGAUGUGGGGGCAUUAUCUGAGCUGGGUAGCUGAGGACUACUGUAUCUGUCCUUCUUCUCACCAUCCUGAUCCCCGCUGUCCCAUUUCUCUCAGUUGGCUGCCUUCCUCUCUGCUUUUCAGUAGCUGCCCUCUGUUUCAGGAAGUUUCUACUAAAGGGCCUAUGACUCUGGGCUUCCCUGUUCUCUCUCAUCCCCAUCCUAAAAAGAACGAAACCAAGUUAGUGUUGCAGAAAGGGAGCUAAGAAGAAUGAGGAAUUAACCCAGACCAUGGAACUCAAAGGCUGCAGUCAACGCCUGUCCUCACUGGCCCCCAACCCCACCCCAACUGCCCUUAACCCUGCAUCUCUUACUUCACUUCUGGGACUCAUUAUCUCCCACAGCUAGACUGCCAUGCUUUUCCAGCCUGGGUCCCUGGCCCUUCUGGCACUUGCUCUUUGGGCACCUACCCUUCUGAUUCUGUUCAGAUGAGUGUGGAAAGACAGAAAAUGGAAUAAUUCAAUAUAAGGAAGGGAGUUAGUAUAGGAAUGUCUAGCCCAUAAGGUUGAGUACUUUGAUUAGUUAUAUUUUAUGGGUUGCAAAUGUCUGGGGAUGUUUCAAAAGAAGGGAAGGCUUGAUUAGCUUAUUUGUCAUAGUGCCUGGUCUUAAAACUCCUAAAGGACUGCCUCUCCUUCACUGUCUUGCUCUAUGACCUCUACCUCUUUCCCUGUCUUUCCUGCUGCUUCUGUAAUUGCAGACCCAGGCCCAAGGCAGGCCGUGACUUAGCUACUUCUCCAUUUGAAUAAACACUUGUUUCUCUAUGCUGUAUUGUUCUCUGGUCCUCCACCUACCUACUGAAAGAUGAAUGGCAACUCGGUCCCUAUUGGCUUAUGGGAAGG